GCCACCCGCUACGUACUCCCUGUAUCCCGCCCCAUCGCCACAACUCUUUUUGAUUAAGACUUCACUGUGAUCUCUUGCUUGGUGAAAGGGUGACAUCUGAAAGGAUUUAUAAUAUACUGUAAGCUUGAGACAUUAUAAACAAACAGGUUAUUGUACCCGAUUAAAUAAAAUUGAAUGAAACCAGAGGAAAACUCUUGAUCAAUAUAUUAAAGUUUCGAAAAAAGUAAAUAGAUAAAUAAAACACUGUAAGUGAUGUCACAGCUGCGGUUUCCACACACCGCCACAACAACGACAAAAACAACCAAGAUGUUGCCCAUUUCGCCCCUCCUCUUCAUCUUGUUCUUCCAAGCGGGAUUUUGCAACAUCUCCUCCAGUCAAGGUCCAAUUAACAAGGUGUCCGCCAUAUUAGGCAGUCGCACCCUCCUUCCCUGUGACGUCACUCCCCCCACACCUGAAGACUCGCCCAUCCUGGUGCUCUUCUACAGUGGCGCUACAGGUCUGCCUAUUUACAGUAUCGACUCCCGCACUGGUCCGCUAGUCCGGUCGAUUCACUGGUCUGAGAUGGGCAGUCGAGCGCACUUCGACCUGGUGUCCAGGCCUUCGGGGUUGGUGAUCGACAACCUGGGUACUGAGGACCAAGGCCACUACCGCUGCAGGGUCGACUUCAUGUCCUCCCCCACCAGGAAUUACCGCCUCUACCUGCUGGUGGUCGUUCCUCCACUACGUGUAAGCAUCCUGUCCAGGUCCGGUCAAGAGGUCAGCGGGGUCAUCGGACCAUAUCCUCUGGGAGGAACACUGACCCUUAACUGUCAGGUGACAGGAGGAUCACCUCGUCCGUGGGUCAGCUGGUGGCACGAUGGGUCAAAGCUAGACGACAUGGUGGAGGAAGUGAGGGGUCAAGUUACCAUCAACAUCCUGACCUUACCUAACCUGACUCGCCAACACCUGUACCGCGUCCUCACCUGCCGAGCCAACAACUCCAACCUCACCCCGCCCCUCGCUGCCACCGUCACCCUCGACCUCACCUUUCCCCCGCAGGAGGUGAUCAUCCUGGGUAAGGCGAGGCCGCUGAGGGAGGGAGGCAGCUACACCUUGUUGUGUGAGUCUCGCGGCGCCCGACCCCCUGCUGCUCUCACCUGGUGGCUUGACGACGUCCUCAUGACUCACACCCACCACCAGGUGGUGGGGGAGAGGCAGAUAAGCAAGUCAACACUCUACCUGGCUCCCAGCAGGAACAACAACGGCGCCGUCGUCUCCUGUAGGGCCCAGAACCCCCUCAUGACGGCGUCUCCUCUUCACGACUCCCGCAAGCUGGUCGUCUUCUACACGCCCCGCCUUCACCUGGAUCUCGGUCACAGCCUCAACCUAAGCAGCAUCAGGGAAGGGGAUGAUGUGUAUCUCGACUGCCACAUCCAAGCCAAUCCUGAAGUCUUCAAGGUCCAGUGGUUCCUUAAUGGUAUAGAGCUGCAACACGACAUAACAGCGGGAGUAAUACAGAGUAAUCAGAGCUUGGUGCUGCAGAAGGUGGGGCCAUACUCCUCUGGCCUGUAUACCUGUAGAGCUGUCAACAUAGAAGGUUCUGACACCUCUAAUGCCCUCCAUCUCAACGUGAAAUUUCCUCCCGUGUGUGCCGCUGGCCAGAAAUGGGUGUACGGCACAGGACGUCGGCAGGCGGUGAACGUGACCUGCCAAGUGGAAGCGCACCCCGAGGCCACCACUUUCCGCUGGGCUUUCAACACUUCCAAUCAGCUGGUGGAUCUUCCGCAACACCUGGUACACAACAGUCGUAGCCGCAGCCAGCUGAAGUACACACCGCAGAGUCACCAUGACUUCGGGUCACUCCUGUGCUGGGGCCGCAACACGGUAGAGCUUCAGCACCAGCCCUGCGUCUUCCAUGUGGUGCCUGCAGGUGUGCCGGAGGCCGUCACCAACUGCAGCGCCUGGCACAAUAUUAGUGCCGCAGGGGAGGUGUUGGUGUCCUGUCAAGAGGGCUGGAGUGGCGGUCUCUCCCAGACCUUUACACUCGAGGUUCGUCACGCCCCAGUCAAGGACCACUCCAAGACGCCCUCUGGUGCCCCCGGGGAGCUCCUGGCAUCAUUGAAGGAACAACCGAAGCCACAUUUUACCGUGACGGGUCUCGACCCGGGAACGGAGUACCACUUGGCUGUGGUGGCGUCGAAUGCCCAGGGCACCGCCCCGCCCACGUUUCUCGUUCACCUUACGCCCAUAGACGUAGCCGAGAAGAGGACUAGUGCUGCAGCGGCCGAGUCUUCUGCAUCAAGCUCCUUAGGGUCUAUCGUGGGUGUGGUAGUGGGCGUGGUGGCCUCCCUGUUGGCGUGCUCGGUGAUGCUGGUGGUGGUGGUGGUAAGUGCCCGCUCCGCCAACACCCAAAACAGCACAAGUCACACCAGGGCGCUGUACGACAAAGCCGCCCCACUACCUCAGGCUGGAGACGACGGUGGCCACCUCCUCCAGCAGCGACCUGAUGUUAUCCUCGUCAAGAGCGACAACCAUCCAGAUGGUGAAACACUGCAGCUGGUGAUCGGGACAGAUGGCGAGGUCCAGCAGCUGGUGACUGGAACAUUGAUUGGAACAGGAGGUAAAAUGCUGCAGUUGAUGACCGAGACAUUUGGUGAGGCACGACCACUGGUGACUGAGACAGGUGGCGAAGUCAUGCAUCUGGUGGCUGGGGCAGGCGGUGAGGCCCAGCAGCCGGUGAUUGAGACAGGUGGUGAGGCCCAGCAGCUGGUGACUGGGACAGGUGGUGAAUCAAAGGAGCUACCAACUGGGACAGAUGGGGAGCCCCGGUAACUGGUGAUUAGGGCAGGUGGUAAGGGCCAGCAGCUGGUGACUGGAACAGGUGGAAAGGGCCAGAAGCUGGUGAUUAGGGCAGGUGGUAAGGGCCAGCAGCUGGUGACUGGAACAGGUGGAAAGGGCCAGAAGCUGGUGAUUAGGGCAGGUGGUAAGGGCCAGCAGCUGGUGACUGGAACAGGUGGAAAGGGCCAGAAGCUGGUGAUUAGGACAGGUGGUAGGGGCAGCAGCUGGUGACACAUGGAGAGCCCAGCAGCUGGUGACAGGUGGAGGCCCAAAAG